AUGAGAUUUCUGAUCUUCGCUUUCCUUGUUACUUUGGGUGAGUAAUAUUUGGUAGUGUUUUAAUAUUUACUGAACCAUCUUUACCAUUUUAUUUUAGUGCUUUGCCAAGAGAUUCCUCAGGCAGGAAUUCCCGGCCAAUUUGGCAACCCAGCUCUUCCAAGCAUCCCAGGUCAACCACCAAAUAUUAAUGGAAAUUCAGGCCAACAAGGAAUUCCCGGGAUCAGCGGACUCCCCGGACUUCUGACCCCUCCACCUGGCUUUAAUGGUCAAUUGGGAGGGCUCCCUAAUGGAUUAAAUGGACAGCCAGGAAUCCCAGCUGGCUCGAAUGGAGUUUCCAAUCCAUUUGCUGUCUCUAGGAAACGCUGA